GCUGUACAUUACCACAGCCGGCCCGGGGUGCUGUGUUUGUGUGAUCUCUGAGGAGGACAGUCCGAUAACAACUCGGAAAAAGAUCAUUAUUUUGGAUCGGAUUAAAUGGCAUGAAACUGGUCCUGCAAAGAAUCAACCCGACGCCUGGGCACGUUUGAUUGUACCCAAAAAUAUCCCGGAGAUUGCUGCUGCACUGAUCGCCUUUGGGAAUCUCUACAAGCUAACAGGGCUAGAACCUGCAGCAGGCUAAUGCAAGAUUUUUUCCGAAAUUUGAAGACUUUUGUGGAUAUAUUGACGUAGAGUGUGUUCAUAUAACCGGACUGUUUUUGUCCCCUUUGUCACUUGAGCAUAUGCUUGUUUGCAAUGCUAUUUCAAUUGCAGAGGUGGCUAGUUAGCUUGUUAGCUUGCUAGCACACAAACUUCGCUGCAUUCCGAAUCGCCACGUACGCAAUGCCGAGGACUGACUGCGGCCUUUCUCGGAUCUUUCAAUAACAAACUUUUAACUGUCAUACAUCGGUCUGAUCGUUAUUGUUAUUUAACUAUUUGAUGGCACUAAACUAAAGGCAGUAUUGCUGCUCACGUCCAGCAGAUGCAGCCCAAGCUAACACCGGUGAACCUGCUAAUUAGCUAUGUCGUUAGCAUGUCAUAGAUAGCCAAGGGUAUAAUCUGGUUUAGUUGUUUACAGUUUGCUAGCGCGUGCAUACGAGCCUGUGACCUCUUUAGACAUAUUUGCCUGACAUUUGACAUCUGAUGCACUAACUCUGCUAACUAUUCCUUGCUACUUUCUUUAUGUUUUUAUAUAGUAAAUCCAGUGCACACAUAGUAAAUCAACUAUGAACACACAAGUAAUAUUGCAGUUCAAAGGUUAGCAAUAUUGAGUUGAUCUGUGUCAAAUUGCACGUAUAAUCCCCAGUGUUGCAUGGUAAACAGUUUGCAUUAAAUUGCAUUGUGCACAGUAGCUUUAUGCAGACAGGGUGGUAGUAGGGGAGUUGUUGACCCAGAGUGCAUAUCUAGACAUAUCAUCCAUGAUUGAUGAUCUUUGUUGAAACUGGCUGCUCUGGUCUAGUUUCACCUACACGUGCCACUUUCAGCUGGAUUUGACGUUUAUUUUAACCACUCAAACUAUAAAAAAAAAAAAAAAAAACAAAACAAAACAGAUGUGACGUUCAGGGGUAGUUAUUUAGCAGGACUUUAUUAUUGAAGUUGAUUGGGAGCACUAUGAAGGCUUCCUUGGUGCUAAUGCGUGAAAACUUUUAAGUACUGAAUCAGAGCCAGACAGAGAAGUUCUUUGUGUGGAAUGAAAACUCAAGAGGCAAGAGAAGAUGGUGAUGAUAGCCGAGGUGCAGUGACAAAGUAAAGCCCGCAUCCGGAAGAAGAGGAGCGAUUCACAGGCUGCAGAAAUGAGCCUACGCCAACCCUCCUCGACCCUGGACAGGUUGAGCAGUCUCACCAUCGGGGACUCAGAGCGCAAGUCCUCGGCAGCCCAACAGAGGGAACCUUGCACUGAAAUUCACACAGAAAGCACAGGUCCUGGUCUGGUGCAGAGAUGUGUGGUGGUUCAGAAGGAUCAGCUGGGCUUCGGCUUCACUGUGUGUGGAGAGAGAGUGAAGCUGGUCCAGAACGUGCGGCCUGGUGGUGCUGCAGUCAAGGCUGGAGUCCAGGAAGGAGACCGAAUCAUAAAGGUGAACGGCUCUAUGGUCUCCUCCAUGACCCAUCAGGAGGUGGUUAAACUCAUCAAGUCCGGAACAUACGUCGCUCUCACACUACAAGGCCCACCCCCCUCCACUGCAUCUGUGCCAUUGGAGCCCCUCCCCACUGACCUCUCGCCCAAUCAGAGGACGUCUUUAAGCGGACAAGUCCCGCCCCCUCCACCGCCACCUCUGCCUUCAGGACUCAGCAGCACCCCCUCCCAAAGAAUCACUGGACCCAAACCACUGCAGGAUCCUGAAGUUCAAAAACAUGCCACUGAAAUACUCAGGAAAAUGCUGGAGCAGGAAGAGGCUGAGCUCCAGACCUUAUUGGAGGAGCGGCUGAAGAACCCGUCACCUUCACUGGAGGAGAGAAUUGAAAGUGCAAAGAGAAGGGCUCACCAAGUCCGGAUCAAGAUUCAGCAAGACCAGGAGGGACCACGGCCAGAGUCAGUCACCAGCUACAUUUUAGCAGGAGGUCGAUUGUCUAUGGACUCGGGUGAAGGCGACAUGGAGGCCUUUGACAGUCCCCAGUCCUCCCCCUCUUCCUCCUUCAGGACGUCCCAACACAGGCGACAGAACUCUGACACACAUCCAUUGUCCAAUUCGAGUGGAAAGGCACAGAUCAUCAGCCCAGAAGAUGAAGACGAAGAAGACGACUGCUAUGAAUUUAUUGAGAUGGACGGGCCGUUUCAAGACAUAGAGUUACUGAAGUCACGCCCGGCACACAUGACGGUGUUUAUGAGAUAUGUGUUCAGCCAACUCCUCGACCCUAAUCCUCUGUUAUUUUACCUGUCAGUGGAGGCGUACCUUGGCUCCACUCCUAAAGAUGCUCGCUCCCUCGCGCCUCAGAUCUGUUCUCAUUUCCUGGACUCUGAUGCUCCAUUGAAAGUAAAAGUAAGAGAGGAGUACCUUACAGAUAUUGAGAGCCGACUCCACGCUCAAGAGGACAUAAGAGGACCUCUGUCUGAGCUACAGCAGCAGGUGUUACCGGACAUACAGGACCAGCUACAAGAUUACAGGAACAAGCAGAUGAUGGGUCUGGGAUCUCUGUUUGGGGAGGGGGACCUGGUGCAGCUGGAUGGGGACCCGGCCAAAGAGAGACAGGUGGUGGACCGACAGCUCACGGCCCUCUGGGAGAUUCUAUCAAAGCAUGAAGAAGACAGAAGUUCACCAAUAGCAUCAGCUGUGCUCCUGUACCUCCGACACUCUGGGAUCAAACUAAGGGAUUCAAAAGUCUUCCCGGGUCUAACCACAGAAAAAGACAAGUGGCUCGCCUUUUUAAAGACCAAAAAGCUGAGCAGUGCUAAGAAAGACAAGGAGAAAGAUGGCGAGGAUAAGAAGAGAAAUCCUAUUUUAAAAUACAUUGGAAAACCACGCAGCACAUCACAGUCAACGUCCCAUGCCCCGUUGUCUCCCUCAGAAGUUCGCCCUGGAAAUGUGAGGAACAUCAUUCAGCAGUUUGAGAGCAGCUCGGAGGCAGGGGAAGAGGGGGACAGCUCAGACUCCCAGAGACUGUCCAGCAGCAGCCUGGGGGAGGACAGCAUGGACAGCCCGACCAUCUCUGUGCGUUUGGCUCGUAGUGAGUCUCUAAAGGCGCAGGGGGAGGGGCGUCGACGAGGGGCGGGGUCAGGGGGGGAGUCCGUGCCCCGUUCCCGUAGCGACGUGGACAUGGAGGAGUGCGGAGAGGAGAGAGAGAGCAGCGGACUCAGACCUUUGCAUCACAGUACCUCCUCAUCGGCUUCAAGCAGCUCUGCACGGUCCCUAGAGAACCCCACUCCCCCAUACACUCCACGGUCCAGGCGCAGGAGUGUGGACUCUCCCUUGGCUCUGCUGCCUGAUGCUGCUGCUCUGGAGGAUGAAGUUUCUGAAGCGCAGAACUGGCGGGAGACGGUUUCCUCUCAGCUCCUGGCAACGCUCAGCCCCAAAGAGGUGGACAGACAAGCGGUUAUCUACGAACUGUUCAUGACAGAGGUGUCCCAUCUGAGGACGCUCCGGGUGCUGGACCAGGUUUUCUACCAGAAGAUGAGGACGGUGCUGAACUCAGAGGAACUGGCCUGUAUCUUCCCCAACCUGCAGCAGGUCUAUGAACUCCAUGCAAGUCUUUGUGAAGCAAUGAAAAAGCGAAGAGAGUCUGCCAUUGUACAGGACAUUGGUGACGUAAUCGUGUCUAGGUUUGAUGGAGCUGCUGGGGAGGAGUUUCAGGAACAGGCCGCUCAGCUGUGCAGUCAACAGUCACAGGCGCUGGAGCUGAUCAAAAACAAACAACGCAAAGACCCACGAUUUGCUCAUAUCAUCCAGGAGUGUGAGUCCAGUCCUCACUGUCGGCGGCUGCAGCUCAAAGACCUGCUGGUGUGUGAGAUGCAGAGACUCACAAAGUAUCCUCUGCUCCUCGACAACAUCAUCAAACACACAGACGCUAGCUCAUCGGACAUGGCGUCACUGCAGCGCGCUCAGACCUGUUGCCGUGGGAUACUACAGUACGUUAACGUGGUUGUCGGGGAAACCGAGCAACGAUUGCGCCUCGGGCAGUACCAGCGCAGACUCGAUGCUGCUCCACAGUUCAAGAAUCUUGAUCUAACCACAAAAAGAAUGAUUCACGAAGGUCCGCUCACAUGGAAAGUCAGCAAAGACAAGCAGCUAGAGAUCCAAGCCCUGUUGCUGUCAGACUGCCUAGUCCUUCUACAGAGGGGUCCAGACGAGAGGCUGCAGCUGCGAUACCCACGAUGGUUGGGGGGAGGAGGGGGGCCCAUGGGGGAUGGGAAAACCUCCUCCUUCAGUCCUCUGGUCAAACUCGACUCACUUUUGGUCCGACCAGUGGCAACAGACAACAAAGCGCUGUAUGUCAUCAGCACAACAGAGAGGCAGAUCUAUGAACUGGCAGCAGGAACGUCGUCUGAGAAAAACACGUGGAAAGAUUUACUUGAAAAAACUAUAUCCGAAGCUGGUGGAUCAUCGCCUCACAUCAACCACGGGUCAAUACAAUUAUCGGCUCAAAGUGUUGUCAGUUCUUCUCGAGUAUCAACAACAGGAGACAUUUCACUGUUGGAGGAACAGGCCUCCAGAGAAAACCAUUCGUCCAAUAACACGGAGCUCUCGGUCGACACAAGUUCAGAGCGAGACGAGUUCUUCUGCAGCGAGAGACCAGACGGGGGCGUGGCUGAGGCCGCUUUACAAGACAUUGAAACACUGAGGCAGCUCAUAUUACGGGAUCUGGAGGAGGAUGGAUGGAGCCAGGACUCGGACGACACACCCACAAACGAAACCGCCACGGAGGGAUCAUUCACCGAGAAACAACGACCCGAGUCCCUGGAGACCGUCCUCAACUUCAGCACAAACGAAGAACAAGAAGAACCUGAAGCUCCACCUGAAACUGUGAAUGAAAACACGGAACAGCCCAGAGUCGUGCGGAAAGCUGUGGUUGGGGGCUCUUUCUCUUCCUCUGUCCCCGAUGACAUCACUGAUGAUGUCACGCUCUCCUCCCACCAAUCAAGCGAGCCGAACGGGAACACUUUCUAUUUGGUGAUGCCGUCUGAUCACGGUGAGAGCGCCACAGACGACCUCACCGACCCCCCCACGCCGGUCGCCACAAACUUCCCCACACAUCUCCAGGAAGUCAUGUCAUCGACCGCGCAAACAAGGAACCAAGAAGCACCAGCAUGUGAACCCGAGAGUAACCAAUCAGAAGCCGAGCAGGAAAACGAAACGGGCCAAUCAGAAGCGGCGUCUCGGACUCACGUGAUCAAAAAUGUAGAUGAGAUUUUCCACACGAUCGAGGGGUUAAUGAGUAAAUUACGACAUCUGCGGGAGAUCGAGGAGGCCCAUCAGAAGCUGCUACAGACGCUCCGAUCCUCCAGUGCCACUCAGGACUCCGACUCCAGCUCCUCGGCCUCUGUGUCCCGGACGCCCUCCCUCGGAUCAGCAGAUGGCAAAGAAAGAAGCUCAGAACUGAAGAUCCAGUCGACGGGUUUCUGACAUUUUGAAGCAGACUGAAGCCUCAUGACAUCCACUGUGGAGUGACACCCACUGAGCCCUAUGUUUGUCUCUCCCUGGUACUCUGGGGCAUUGUAUUACUGAACUUUUGAUCUUUAGAGCGUCAAGACAAUACAUGUAAAGUAUGAAGGAACACGAGACAAGUCAUGAAGAGAAAAAAAAACUAUUAAAAUUCAAAGUGCAAAAAAGUCGGACCAAGUUGGACUGUGCAAGGAUAAUGUAUGCUUUGAAGAGCUGGUUGAAUGAAUGGAACAGACUGAUGUUAAAAUGUUAAUUUAAAGGAAUUAUCCGAGGGACCCGUAAAUACCCCAGCACUUUACCCACAAUGCAUCUCUCUUUCUCUCUCGUUCUCUACUGUGCAACCUCUGAACAUCAGGGACAAGUUGGACACUACUGCAAACCAAGUUCCCCCUCGGCCGAAGGACUGUGAUUGGAAAAUUCAGGUUACUUGCACUGGGCUUUUUGUUAACAAAUAUUUAGUAGUUGUUUUAUUUUCAACAUUGGAGGAAUGGCAAAUGGUCAUCAGAGCUACACAACCUCACAUCAGCCAUCUUGAAAUCUACAAAAUGGUUUCAUACUGACACACUGGCCGAAUCCUAUCUCUGUUUUCUUACCUCCUUGAGCCCUUAAUCGAGCUCCUGCCCACUUCGAAGUCCGCUCUGGUUCUGAAAGUAAUU